AGUAGGUUUGGGAUCCAACCCCAAAUGAAUUCAUAAUAAUAUUCAACGAGCCGUAAUUUUAAAUACGUAGCUUCAGUCGUAUAUAUGAUCCGAAGCCAGCCCAAAAAGGGUUGGAUCCAAAAAAGGCAACGAAUUUCCUCGCUUAUUAUAUGCAAAUUAUACACAAAUAAUUUUCAGGAGGAGUGGGGUGUCGAGUCCCAAUCCCAAUACGAAUCUGCUCCCUUUUAUUAGGUGCAAAGCUGAGCUCUCUCCGAUCUCAACGAGAGGGGGACGAAAAUGAUGGGAUUUCAAUCGACGCCCUGGGACGCCCUGAGGAGCCAAGCAAGGAAACUUGAGGCUCAGUUGGAUGAGCAGUUGAAUACAUAUCGAAGAAUUGUUGCUACAAGAACUGAUGGUUCCGAGAAUGAUCUCGAUUCUACCAUAGAUAGACUACUGAAGCAACUUCAGCAAGUAAACUCCCAGAUGCAUGCUUGGGUAUCAUCAGGAGGCUCAGAAAUCCUUUUGCAUACCUUGAAUCGGCAUAGAGAGAUUUUGCAAGAUCUUACACAGGAAUUCUUUCGGCUUCGCUCAAGCCUCGAAGCUAAGCAAGAACAUGCAUCCCUCCUGGAUUUUAAAGACUUUGAUAGUGCCAGAAUGAACUUUGAAGAGGGUGGCAGUUAUCCUGACCCAUCUUUCCUAAGAGAGCAAGCAACUAUUAGUCGAAGUACCGGACAGGUAAAGAUGGACAAUGUACUUUCGCACGCCCAAGCUACCCUAGGGGCACUUGUUAUGCAACGGUCAACAUUCAGUGGCAUUGGCUCGAAGCUAACAAACGUUGGCAGUCGCCUUCCUACAGUGAAUCACAUUCUCUCAUCAAUUAGAAGAAAGAAAUCAAUGGACACCGUCAUGCUCUCCCUUGUUGCAUCUGUUUGUACUUUUCUUAUUUUGAUUUAUUGGCUAACAAGGUAGGUAAUGUUUGAGAUUGAGUGAUUGUAUAAUAUACCAACCUUCUGUAUACAUGAUUGUAUCAUAUAUGAAGUUUCUCGAGUUGGUUCAAACUCAGCUAUCCUGUUUUUUUUUCAGUGGAUCUAGAUUAUGCGUGCAGUUCUUAUUCUGUUUGGCAACUUUAAUGCACCUCUUGUUGGAGGGUUUUCCUUUUUAAGGUAUAUGUAAUACAAUUUGGCAGUCAAAGCCAUUUGCGUCCC